CGAGCCGCUGCUGAGCAUCCCGCGCCGUCUCGUGGCCGCUCCGUCGCGCCGCCGGAUGCUGGCGCGCCCCUGUGUGCCCACCGUGCUGCGUCUCGUCCCUCGCGCGCUACCCCGGCACUCAUCGCUGGCGGCGCCCUAGAGUGGCAGCCCGAGGGCGUCGGUGUGCAUGUUCGUCGUCAAGCACCCCGCCUUCUCGCCGCCCUCGCCGCAGCAGCACCGCGCGGCCGAGUCGCGCAAGCUGUCGCCGCACCCGGGCGGCGCCAACGCCGCGAAUGCGCUGCACUCCGGCAGCAGCAGCAGCGCCAGCCUCCACCACCAUCCCUCCCAUCCGCAGGCGGCGCUCCGCCCGCCGCACGCGUCUCGCGCCCUCUCUGUGCCGCUCGCCAGUGGCGCCGCUGCUGGCCGCUCGCGUCCGCGCACCGCCUCGGCCGUCGCGCCCGAGCCGUCGUUCAGCACACACAGCAGCAGCUUGCGUCCGUCGUCGUCGGCAGGGCUCGGCGCGCCGCUGCGCUCCAGCUCCGGCCCGAGCUCUGCUGGCUCAAGCUACGGCUCCGGCGCAGCAAUGAGGCCAGACAGCAGCGCCGCGCGCAACAGCUCGCCGCCACGGCGCGCCCGGCGCCCAUCGACGGCCACGCCGUCCAGCCGCAGCGGCUCGGGCCCCACCUUCAGCUCCGUCGACGUCGAUGCGCGGCAGUCCGCCGCCUCGCGUGCGGCGCGAGACUUCUCCGGCGGCGUCUCUGCGGCGCCGCGCCAUCGCCGUGGCAGUCUCGACUCGCAGGGCGCCGCCGAGCGCGCCGAGUACGCCCAUGCUCUCGCCGCUGCUCGCUCCACGCCGCGGCCUAGCGAGGCGCAGCGGGCCGCGCAGGCUGCACAGAGCAUCAAGUCGUCUGGCCAGUCGGUGUACGGCGGCAAGCACAAGAGCAAGCCUGUGGCGUACGCCGGCCUCGUGGCGCUGCCGCAUCUGACGCGCCCCAGUGUGCCGUACUCGCCGACAGCGACAUCGCCGAUGCUGUUGCGAAGCAACCGAGAAGCGCGGGAGCGGGAGCUGCGCGUCGGUGCGGACCCGUUCCAGGCGCCGACACGCUCGACGGAGCUGCUUGGCGGGUGGGAGCGUUCGGGGAGUCCGCAAGACGGCGGAGCGCACUACGCAGCUCUGCGCCCAGAUCAGAGGGAUGUGCGCCUGCGCUCCGUCACUGGGCCAGGCCCGUCGGCGCGCGACGCAGAUGGGCGCGCCCGACGCUCCGAGGAUCUGUUGAGCAAGCGCCAGGCAGUGGGGCUGGAGCACGAGGCUCUGCAGGCGCCGGCGCCGCCCAAGUCUGCCUCACGCACGGCCAGCAUCUUCCGGCUGGGUCGCGGCUUGGGCCGCAAGAAGAAGCAGCCGCCGCCGCCAAGCGCGCCUGCUGCAACCUUCGAGACGCCGAACACACACGGGCCCUACCUCUGGGCCUCGCCGCGAGUGCAGGGACAGGGCUACGGCGAUCUGGACAACUCAGAGUCGGGCUCGGGCUCCGCAGGCGCCCUCUCGCCCGGCGCCGAGCCGCGCACCUCCUCUGCCGAGUCGCGCCCUGCAUUCAGCUCGACGAGCGACCUGAGCGGGCGCGCCUCGUCCGACGUCGAUGGCUUCUUCUCGGCGCAGAACAGCUCCAGCGGCCGUGGCGCGCGACGCAGCUCGAGCGGCAGCCCAGUGAACAUCGUAUCACGCUCUACAGCAUCACCGGCCAGGGAGCGGCAAGUGCUCAGCUCGUCGAACAGCUCUGGCUCGCUGCCGCGCAGCGGGCGUCGCAGCUCGGACAUAGGAGCAGGCCACCCGAGCGGGCUGCAGGCUUUGUCCCAUGCUGCCAAUGACUUCUCCUCGAGCCCGGUCGCGCCUGCGUCGGCGGCCAUGCAACCGAGUGCAUCGACAGAGUCGGACUUGUCGACGAUGAGCGCAAAGGAGAGGCGGCGAUCCCUCGCAUUCCUGGCCAGCGCCAUCGCCAGCGGCGGCUCUGCAACCAGCGACGCAGCGCAAGUCCGCGCUCUGUCCGCCGCCACAAGCAUCGACGACCAGCUGCGCGCUUCGACGUCCACUCGCCCGUCGCUGAACUCCGAGGGCAGACCGGCCGGCGGGUUCCGACGCGGCAGCCCGACGCCGACCAGCUCGCCGCGCAGCGCCAGCUUUGGCAAGCGCUCGCAUCCGCCUCCGCAGCAGCCACCCCCGGAUGCCGCGCUACCGCCCCUGCCAGACGAGUUGUCUGUCGACAUCGAAACGGCCGACAAGCAGGCGACGCUGCGGCCACAGGCGGUGCCUGCGAGCGCGCUGGGCGUGUCGCCGACGACUGCGUGGCGCAUGGCGUCGCUCUUCAAGACGAAGCUCGGCGACUCUGACUUCGCGCUGCCAAAGUCGCCCACAAUCUCGACGACGCCGCCGGUUCCUGACUCCGGCAGCCAGCUGCGCAGCUUCACCAUGCCCUCUGCGCUUGCGGGCGCGCGCACUGAGGUCGCUCCUCCGCAAUCGGCGAACAGUCAGGCCACUCUGUCACCGGCCGAUGCCGCCGAGCAGUCGUCUGACGCGCCGCUGCACAAGAAGCCGCACAAGACGCGCUCGCAGAACAACCUGCGCCUGCUGCGCCGUCCCUCUUAUCUCGGCGGCCAGAAGGACACGCCUGCGACGAGCGGCGACGAGUCGGGCAACUCGAGCGCGCCGCCUCAGAUCUCCACGCGGCGCCUGCUUGGCCGGCCGCGCACCAGCGGCGGCGAGGUGUCGGCAACGUCGAGCCGGAUGUUUGACUCGCCUGUGACCUCUCCUGGCGGCUCGCGGCUCAACCUCGGCGCAGACGAGGCUGCGGCAGGCGCUGCUGGCGGCUGGGGCUCGGGCAUGCGGUCGCGCCUCGAGCUCGCAGAUUCGUCGCCCGAGACGGAGCGCCCGCGCUACUUUCCGCCUCCGCCGGCUCAGAGCACUGGCGCAGCGAGCGGCAUCGUGCGUCGCAGAUCGAAGACUGGCCAGCCGAGCAGCGGCUGGCGCAUCGGGCGGGCCAGAAGCAGCUCAGUGGCCUCUGUCGACCCUCUCUCGCCGGCCUCGCUCUCUGCGGGCCGCAGCCCGUCCGACGUCCGGCCGUCCUCUGCCGCCGGGCCUAGGAGCGCCACAACAGGCUCCUUCCCUGUUCCGCUGUCUAGCAGCAAGCUUGACAGCAGCGGUGGCGCAGCCUCGCUCUUUGGCGGGUCCAAGAGUGCUUCGGGCACGCCGCGUCAGCGCGCAUCGUCGCUGCUUCCGAGUAUGCCGUGGAGCCGCUCGCGCACGUCUUCCUCUGCUGGCAUCGAGGGCCUGCCCUCUGGCGUGUCUCUCGCGCGUCCGAGUGCGUCCGGCGACGAGCUCAGCCCCAACUCGCCAGACAUUUCGUUCUCGUCAAUUGCCGCCGGCAUCGCUGCGCGCGACGGCGCCCAUCAAGACGCGAUGCGUCGCUCGUCGAUGGCGAACGACGGGACUCGGCCCUCGCCGGUGGACAUCCCGGGCGCGCGCUCAGCCUCGGGACCCGGCGCCCUUCCGCUCGGAGUGCCAGGCGCGAUUGCGGCAGCGAUCAACUCGAGCGCGCGGCAGUCGCUCAGUCUGCCGCGCGACUCGAGCGAGAAGGCCGCCUCGCCGGCUGAGCGCUUCGCCUCUCCCGACGACUUCAUGCAGUACGUCGUCGAUACGAAGCCGCGCAGCGAGAUUGCGGCCGUGCUCGCCUCCAGCGCAGAUGUGAUGCACCGCGACGCGCUGCACGCCUACAUGCGCCGCUUCUACUUCAGCGGCAACCCGCUCGACGUGGCGCUGCGCAAGCUGCUCUUGUCGCUCUACCUGCCCAAGGAGACGCAGCAGAUCGACCGCGUCAUGGAGGCAUUCGCGAAGCGAUACAACGAGUGCAACGAGGGCUUGUUCGAGACGCACGACCAGCCGUACAUCCUUGCCUUCUCGCUCAUGAUGCUACACACGGACGCAUUCAACAAGAACGCGAAGCACAAGAUGACGAAGGCGGACUACGUGCGCAACACCUCGACCAGCCGGGUGCCGGUCGAGAUCCUCGAGUACCUCUACGACAACCUCACCUACGCGCAGUUCAUCUACGUCGACGAGGAGGAGAGCAUGCAGCGGCGUGCCUCGGAGGCGACCAACGCCAGCGAGGGAGGCUCGAGCUUCUUCUCUGCCAUCACGCCCGGCGGCACGUCGAGCGCGAGCAAGGGCAGAGCUGAUCCUUACCAGCUCAUGGCCCAGGGACGGACCAGCGACCUGCAGGCCGACGUGCACUCCGUCAUUCCCGAGGACACGCCCUUCUCCGCGACAGGCACCAUGCUCGAGUACGACCUUGAGGCGCUGAACCGCGCGUUCGCCGGCGCGCCGUCCAUCGAGAUUCUGGCGCAGCGCCGGCCCGCCCUGCCGACAGGCUCUUCCUGGGGCGGCGAGAUGCCGUAUGCGAGCACGGCGAUGAUGACCACUCUGAUGCUCGACCCGGAGCCGGAGAACGUCGUUACGCUGCGCAUCACCAAGGUCGGCUGCGUCAGCCGCAAGGACGACCUUGAGGGCGGCAAGAAGGCGCAGUCGCGCAAGUGGAAGACGUGCGGCCUUGUGCUCACAAGCACGCAGCUGCUCUUCUUCAAGGACUUGAUCUGGACCUCGGCGCUGGACCAGCAGAUUGCCGAGCAGACGGAGCAGGGCACACGGCCGAACGUGCUCGUCACGCCGCGCAUCAGCUUCUUCCGGCCCGACGGCGUGCUGUCGCUCGGCGACGCCAUCGCCGUGCGCGACUCGUCGUACUCCAAGUACGAGCACGUCUUCCGGCUCGUUGCCACGCAGGGCAGCUCCAUGCGCCAGUACCUCAUCCAGACGCCGAGCGAGGCGGAGAUGAACGACUGGAUCGGCAAGAUCAACUUCUGCGCCUGCUUCCGCGCCGGCGGCGUGCGCAUCCGCGGCCUCGAGCCCACGCCGCCGAACAGCCGCAAGGGGUCAGUCAGCUCGCAGAGUCCCGCGCUGAACGGGGCGCGCCGACCCAGCGCCGUGCCGUCAAUGACGAGCGAAUCUCUGCCGCCGCCGUCGCUGGCGCUGAGCAACUCCACGGGCAACAUGUCGCUGGCACUUGACAAGCUCGACUUCUCUUCGCCGCCGCAGUCGCCCGCAGCCGCCGGACGCGAGGACGUCGAGAUGUUCGCAUCGAUGCGACGCCGGCUCAACACUCGCCGCCGCGAGCUGCAGCCAUGGAUCACCUCCGUCACGAGCAAGCUGAGCGCGCAGCGUGCGGCGCUGGACGCCGACCUGCGCCUGGCUCGCCAUCUCGGCAUCCUGACGCCCUUCCAGAAGGUGACGCGCGACCGCAUCGAGGCGGCAGCGGUGCCGCUUGCCCAGCGCAUCCGUGCGCGCCGUCUCGAAGUGGCGCGCUGGCAGUCGCGCAAGGUCAUCAUGCUGCUCGAGCUCGCCGCCGGCGACCGUGCCGCGCGCUCGCUUGCGCCGGCAAGCGCGUUCGAGGACUACGACUUCAUGCGUGUGUCGCCGCAGCCGCAGAUGAAUUCGCAGCCCAGCGCGCAGUGGAGCACUACGCCGACGCUGCACGACACGCCGGACGGCGUGCUCGACUCGCCCUUCGAGUUCGCCGUCCACGACUCGGUCGCGUCGUCCCCGAGCGACUCGCGCAUCUCGCCCUCCUACACCCGCCGGCCCAGCCACGGCUCUCCGGGCAGCUUCGGCGGCGGCCGGCCGCCGCUGCGCCACGCAGCGGCGCAGUCCGGCUCGCUCUCUGUGCUGCCGAAGCAUCUGCGCCACGUCACUGAGUCGGACGCCGACAGCGGCUCGGACUCGCAGCCCACGCGCAUCAGCCAGGAGAGCCCCUCGCGCGCGGCAGCGCACGCCCGUCCGGCUGGCGCGCGGCGCGAGCCGUCGUUCGACCUGGAGGGCGCCUUUGAGGGCUUCGACGCCGUCACGCACCAGAGCCCGGCGCUGCUGUCCUCGCCGCGCAUGCGCGCCUCGGCGUACGACGCCGACGAGCCGGCGUGGCGCGAGUCGACGCUCAUCGAGGCGAUGGAGGAGCCGAGCUCGACGGACUCGGAUGCGCCGGUGCACACGAUCGCGCGGCGGGUGUCGAUCACCGCCAUGUCCGGCGGUGCGGCGACGCUGCAGCGCUUUCCCUCGCGCAGCGGCCUGAGUCCUCCUCGCGGCGCUACCGUUGCUGCCUCGGCGACUCCGAGCUCCCGCUGACCAAGCGGGCCACGCCCGUAUGCCCCCCUGCUCGACCUUAUGUACGCUGCACGCCUCCCCUACCUCACUCACCCCACGACCCGUCCGUAAUGCGCCUCGACUACCAUGCUCCAUCAUCCUGCCGCCCUGACACUGACCCUCCGCACUGCCGCCGCGCACAUCUGUAUCACUGCUCCACUCUACUUUCUUCCUCUGCACAAUGAACGACCUCUCGAUGAAGCACGCUGCUGGGUGCAGGCGGAUCCAGGGCUGGGAAGCGGAG